AACAGCGGGUCAGCAAACAAAAUGGCAGCCACCACGGACUCCUCGGAUCCAAACAAGGGAAAGGAAACUGGGCCCGGAAAUCAAAUUGUACUUCGUGUGAGUCAGUUGGACUCAAAUCAGUUGGAUGGUGAGCUUCAUCAGCUUCUUAAAGCCCAGUUCCAAAGGAUCUUUCAGUUUUUCAAGCCUGGUGUUCUUGCCUAUAUUGAGCCAGAGCUCAAUGCAGCUUUGAGACUUCUAAUGUGGCAGUUCUCAAUCAACUCAAUUGGUGCCACUCUUGGUCAGCGAAUAAUGAAUCUGAAAUAUGGCAGUGAGGCUACUUUGACCUCUGACCUCAGUCAACAACAACGGUUGUUAUAUGCUGGCAUACUGAUUGGUGCAAAAUGGUUGCAAGAUAGAUCAGCUGACCUGGCUAGUUCAACCAAUCACAUUGAAGCUUUCCAACGAAUUUGGAAGGCACUGUAUCUAUUUGAGAAGUUAUUAAGUGUGGCAUCCCUAGUCAACUUCUUAGUUUUCUUGCAAGAUGGUCGAUAUCAGUUCCUUCAUGAACGACUUUUAGGAAUAAGGGCCCAGUUUGCACAAAGGCAGGUAGCCAGACAGGUCAGCUUUGAAUUCAUGACGCGGGAACUGCUCUGGCACGGCUUUGCCGAAUUCCUUUUCUUCGUUCUCCCCUUUAUCAACUUCAGACGUGUCCGUAAUUUCCUUCAACGAAAGCUUUUCCGGCCGUCACCUACCGCAGGAGUUAAGGUUGAACUGGCAUUGAGGAGAGAUCAAAGGUUGUACAAGGAGUGUGCAGUGUGUGGUGAAUGGCCAACCACGCCGAGGCAUAUAGGAUGCCAGCAUGUCUUUUGUUACUAUUGUGUACAGAGCAAUUUCUUAGCAGAUCCCGCCUAUACUUGUCCACUUUGCUCUCAUCCUGUGGAUGAUGUCACCAACAUCCAACCAAUCACAUGUGAUGUAAGAUAGCCCUGUCCUGAUUAGUUGGAUGCAACUCGUAUGGUACCUUGUGUGCUUCAUCAACUACAAAGACUAAUAGUCGCGCCAGAAUUCAUUCAUACAUAAUUCGCUUAUUGACAGAUAAAACAAUUUAUGUUUGCAUUUUCUGAUGGAGUCACUCAACAAAGAAAGACAAGUAUAUGUAAACUACUUUGUUGUAGGUUAUAAAUUUUAAUGCAAUCUUUAAUUUAGCAAAUAAUUCUUUUCCAUUUUGUGGCAUUUUUUGUUUUUGGAAUUUGCCCUGAAUAUGUUUUCAGAAGAAGCGUAAAAUUAGUAAUUGUAAUUGAAAUGUAUUCAAAUAUUUAUAUUUAUGAAUAAAGCUACAGAUAAUGAAAUCUAGGAACAAAUUGGAAAUUGAUUUGCAAAAUUAAGUUGGACAACAUUUGUGACGAAAUUGAAGUACACGUAGAUCCAUAAAAUGUGUACAGCCGCAUUUGCAUAAAGGACUGAAAAUUGUUGAAUUCACGAAGGCGCUUUCCAUUUGA